CACGCAGGGUCCAGCAGAGGAAGCGAGAGAAGAGGAAGAAGUAGCGGUCUGUCUGUCCCUGCUGGUCCCUGCUGGUCCCUGCUGGUCCCCCGCAGCCCUCGGACAGCAGGAAACCCUCUGCUCACUGAAAGGAAGCUCAAAUUAAACCCUUAAAAAUAUAUUACGUCAUCACAGCGUCAAACGGAAGGGCCUCGUGUCGGCGCGAACGGAGUUUAGCGAGCUAGCUAGCCUGUUAGCUUAGCAGGACACCCCCCCCCCCCCCCCCCCCCCCCCUCAGCCGCGUCCGAGUGUGCAGGACUUCACACCACCAGGAGCGGGAGACAUCCACCCGGAACUGCACCCGAACCGACCCGGGCUUCACAUCACAGCUGCCAGCUGCACGUGUCGGUCCAAACGCGGCUUUUGCACGCGAAGUUUUAACAAAAUAAAACAAAAACAAAAAACCACUCCGCAAAACCAGGAAGUCUGAAUGAGCGCAGCGCCGCAGCGGCGUCGCCUCAUUGUGCAGCGUGUGUCUGCAGCUGGAGCCCGUCCGCCCGCCCAGCUGAGGCCGAUAUCGAUCAUCUGGCGCGUUAUCUGUGCGUGCGGUCGAUAGAUCGAUCGAUCCAUAUCGAUCGAUAUCUCGCUACCGGGGGCUGGAACCGAGCUCUUCCGAUUCGGAGAUGAUCCCCGACACAGCGCCGAAGGAGGACGUGUUCCUCGGGUCCGAGGAGCUGAGGAAGGAGGCUCACGUCCCGAGCUUCGACCGAUAUAAAGAGCUCUACCUGCAGUCCAUCGAGAAUCCCGAUGAGUUCUGGGCCGACGUGGCCAAGGAUUUCUUCUGGAAGACCAAGCACGCGGGCCGGUUCCUGGACUACAACUUCGACGUGACCAAAGGAGAAAUCUUCGUCAAGUUCAUGGAGGGAGCGUCCACCAACAUCUGCUACAACGUGCUCGACCGCAACGUCCACGAGAGGACGCUCGGGGACAAAGUGGCCUUCUACUGUUGUCAGAGUGUCUGCUCUGUUCGCCAACGUCCUGAAGUCCAGGGGGUGAAGAAGGGCGACCGCGUCUCCAUCUACAUGCCGAUGGUGGUGGAGCUGGUCGUAGCCAUGUUGGCCUGCGUCCGCAUCGGGGCCGUCCACUCCAUAGUGCGGAAGCCCCCUGCAAAAUUCAGGGAAAAGGGUUUCCCCAUCCAGAGGUGCAUCAUGCUGAAGCACCUGUCCAAAGACGCAGGGGACGCUCCUCCCGGCUCCCAGUCUCCUCCCGCCAAGCGGCCCUGCCCCGACCUGCAGCAGGAGAAACAGACAGGCAGAGUAAAGAGAACGCGUCCUGUCCCGCAGGUCCCGUGGAACCCCGAGGUGGACUUGUGUUGGCACACCCUGGUCCGUGGAGCGUCAGACGAGUGUGAACCCGAGUGGUGCGAGUCUGAAGAUCCUCUCUUCAUCCUCUACACCAGCGGCUCAACCGGCAAACCCAAGGGUGUUCUGCACACGCUCAGUGGCUACAUGCUCUACACCGCCAUCACCUUCAAGCUGGUGUUCGACUAUCAGCCCGACGACGUUUACUGGUGCACUGCGGACAUCGGCUGGAACGGGCACUCCUACAUCACCUACGGCCCGCUGGCCAACGGCGCACCAUCUGUCUUUUUUGAGGGCCUGCCUAUACCUGAUGUGAGCCGUAUGUGGGAGAUCGUUGACAAAUACCACGUCACCAAGUUCUACACGGCUCCGACCGCCAUCCGGCUGCUGAUGAAGUACGGCCGGGAGCCGGUGCAGAAGUACAAGCGAGAUUCUCUGAAGGUUUUGGGGACGGUGGGAGAGCCCAUCAACCCCGAGGCGUGGCACUGGUACUACAGCGUGGUGGGGGAGAAGAGGUGUCCAAUAGUCGACACCUUUUGGCAGACGGAAACCGGUGGACAUGUGCUGACUCCUCUCCCUGCAGCCACACCCAUGAAACCAGGAUCAGCGACGUUCCCGUUCUUCGGGGUGGUGCCGGCCGUCCUGAACGAGUCUGGAGAGGAGCUGGAGGGAGCGAGUGAAGGAUACCUGGUGUUCAAGCAGCCGUGGCCCGGCGUGAUGAGGACGGUCUACGGGAACCAGCAGCGGUUCGAAACUACCUACUUCAAGAAGUUCCCCGGAUACUACGUCACGGGGGACGGUUGCCGUAGAGACAAGGAUGGCUACUAUUGGAUAACGGGGAGGAUAGACGACAUGCUCAACGUCUCCGGCCACCUGCUGAGCACGGCGGAGGUGGAGGCGGCCCUGGCGGAGCACGCGGCGGUGGCCGAGGCCGCCGUGGUGGGCCGACCUCACCCCGUGAAGGGAGAGAGCCUCUACUGCUUCGUCACGCUCACCGACGGCGUGACCUACAGCCGCACGUUGGAGGCCGAGCUCAAAAAACAAGUGCGGGAGAAGAUCGGAGCCAUCGCUACGCCCGACUUCAUCCAGAACGCCCCAGGACUCCCCAAGACCAGAUCUG